ACCACUAUACAAUUCAGUGACCAAGACGCAUAUAGACCAGAAGACCAAAUAUGUCACAAAAAUUGGCAUUCAAUUUGCUAUUACUAGCCACCACGUUGGGCGCCAUUUUGGCCCAGCAACAGCCCUACUAUCUACAGCAAUGCCCCAGAGAUGAAUCAUUGAUCAAUGAUUGUCUGCGUGAUAGUGGCAACAAAUUGGUUCACUAUCUACAGAAAGGUGUACCCGAACUGGAUAUAUUUGAGAUUGAACCCGUGGUAAUUGAUGAGAUUGGCAUUGUGCUGGGUGGUGGUCCGGAUGGUUAUCGUGCCCUCUUCCGUAAUAUACAGGCUUAUGGUGUCAGCAAUAUCACGGUGACCAAUGUGCGCUCCGACUUGGAUUCACUGCAGUUCCAACUUACAUGCGAGAUACCCCGCAUACGCGUCAAGGCCCAAUAUCGUUCCACAGGUGUUUUGAUAUUGGUGAAGGCCUCCGGUGCCGGGGACUACUGGGGCGAAUAUGAGGGUGUUAAGGCCAAGAUCUACUUCAAGGCCCUGGCUAAUGAGGGAGCCGAUGGACGCACCUAUUUGACCACAGAUUCGGUUAAAAUGGACUUCAAUGUCAAGGACAUACAAAUGGGAGUAGACAAUAUAGCCAAUGGCAAUUCUGUGAUACAGGCGGCUUUGAAUCUGUUUAUCAAUUCAAACUCCCAAGAGCUAUUGAAGGAAAUGAAACCGGCUUUGAGGACCAAACUCACACUGGUUAUACGUAAUUUCAUGGAUCGCAUAUUUGCCAAAAUUCCUCUAGAUGAAUGGAUCAAUUUAAAUUAGAUCUAUUUAGUUAUAAAUAAAAAUCCCCCCUCUUAUGUCUUAGAAUCUAAUUUAUUGCACACACACACAGACACAAACAUUUCAAGUUAAUAAUA